AACAGCAGCAAUCUCACUUGGAAGCAAUCACUGCAGCCGCCUCUCGGCAAAGCUCCAGUUUGCUACUAGGAUACGAUCAUCGCAUCUCAAACACAGGACCAGCUAGUUGAACUGGUGAGAAGUGAGGAGGUGUGAAAUUUUGGAUACCUGCCUUCAAAGUCUCGUCGUCGAAUUCCUCAUUCAUGUCUCGUCUGCUACUCCUCGUCGCCGUUGCAGCGUUCACAGUCAUGUCGAUAGCUCAUGUGACAGCCUCUGAAGGCGAGGAAGCAGAGGCAAGAGGAAGUAUCAGAGGCAGAACUCUCAUGGCAACAGCAGACAGGGGCAGAUUCCCCGAGUGCCAGAGGAACAGGACUCGAUGCCUGGAUCCGAAUUUGAAGCCGGACGGACCGACGUGCUGCUCUAACAGGUGUGUCAACACUCGAAUCGACACCAACCACUGUGGUGCAUGCAGUCGCCCUUGUAGGUUCAACCAGGGCUGCUGCAACGCCAGGUGUGUGAAUCUGCAGACUGAUCCCCAGAAUUGCGGUGCCUGUGGUGCGGAUUGCGACGAAGCUUGUGAAUUCGGCCUCUGCGCAUACAGCGGCGUUCCUUAACUCCGUUCGACUCUUGCAGCAGCAGGUGGCCAGCAGAUGCCCACGAGUUGCAGGAAGGAAUAUGUCGUAUCUGAAUGGAGUGCACACUUCGUACCGGGCGUCUCAUGAGCUCGAUGUUAGAAUAAAACAGUCGAUACUUUCGCAAGUAAUCAGGGAUCACGUGGCAACACGAGAAAGCAACUUAGAGUCACCGAGUUGUUGUUCAGUAUAGUAAAUAAGGAGAAUAAUAUACGAGACUGAUUGCUGUAAAAUUUAUCAGACGCUGCUCAGAAGGUGAUGUGAUGGAAGCUGCUGUCAAAGCUUAGACGUCAGGCCAGAGUCUCCAGAUACACGUCAGAGAAACAUAUGUGUCGGAUCUUCAUGCUUCUGGUAAAGGUAUAAAAGAAACGGAUAGCAUUUCUUCAUGAAACGAUUCUGAUGACUAUUCUGAUGUGCACUCUUGUGCUUACAAAAUAUGAUAUUCCAAUGGUUGCAGA